GGGUUGGUUCUGAUUAUGAUGUGUGCCUGUGUGUUUGCAUCUGUUUGUGGUUCAGCUCCCAGCAGCUGCAUUGUGACCGAGUGGGGCGAGUGGGACCCCUGCAGCGCCACCUGUGGGCUGGGAAUGAGAAGGCGAGAGCGCAUGGUGAAGAUGCCGCCUCUGGACGGAUCCAUGUGCAAAGCGGAGGUGCUCGAGGUGGACAAGUGCAUGAUGCCAGACUGUGACGCGGCGCCCUGCAUGCUGUCCCCGUGGUCGGACUGGGGGGGCUGCAGCGUGUCCUGCGGCGUGGGGAUGCGGACGCGCCAGCGGAUGCUGAAGUCGGAGGCGGCGUCCUGCUCAGAGGAGCUGGAGCAGAGCGACAAGUGCAUGCUGCCCGAGUGCCCUGUGGACUGCAUGGUGUCUGAGUGGUCCGAGUGCAACAAGUCGUGCGGUAAAGGCCACACCAUCCGCAGCCGCAUGGUGAAGCUGGAGCCGGGGCCCGGCGGCAGCGCCUGCCCCGAGACCGUGCAGAGGAAGAAGUGCAAGGUCCGCAAGUGCCGGGCCAAGACGAAAGAGGAGAGAGGAGGAGGUGGAGGAGGAGGGGGGAAGAGGAGGCGAAGGGGCAAGCAGGGGAGAGACGCAGCUGUGGAGGAACAACCAGGGUGCCGGAUGCAGCCGUGGACCGGCUGGACGGGCUGUACCAAGCCCUGCGGCGGGGGUAUCCAGGAGCGCUUCAUGCUGGUGAAGAAGAAAGCCAAGGUUGCCAGCUGUAAGGAUCGGAAGGAGAUCCGCGGCUGUAACGUGCAUCCCUGCUAACAAGCCCCUCCUGAGCUCAAGGCUUGAAGGGAGGUGAGGGAGGGUAUACACACGCAGUAGACAUGUGAGUUUUCGAAAUGUGUUGCUUAAAAGAUUGCCGACCAGACAAUACACAUCCGUUAAAGUUGACUCGAUGCCAAGGCUGAGCUGCCGAAACACGCAUUUUAGAUUCACUUUUACAAGUUUUUACAGACGUUUUCAGGUCAAAGAGACAUUCACAAAGUAUUUUAGUAUUAUAACCACGUGCUGAGUCUGCAGAUGGUUUUAAGGGGUUAUGGAGAAGUGUUAGGCUAGCUAGUUGGCACACAGGUUAGUCCAACCCUUUUGCAGUCCCUCCCAUAAGGUCCUCGAUGAUUCCCGACAGACGUGGGAGGAAUCUCGAUGCGUGAAAACAUAUGUUGCCAGGCCCCUUCUUUAGCCUGUGAUGCAAAAUUACCCUAACUCUAAAAGUGUGCUUUUUCCUUUCAAUAUCAAGUCAGACGAGACGCAAUAGCUUUCCUUGUGUGCUGUUUUGGGUUUAUGGACCUUUGCAUGGCGAUGUAUUGUCAAUGGCAAUGUAUUGUAUUGUCACGGCAAUGUAUUGUCAAUGGAAACGGCUCUUUCUUAGCUACAAGUCUAAAAAGAUUUCCUUGAAAAAUAUACUUCAUACCGAUCUGUGAAUAGAUUU